AUGACAAUGCGUUUGAAGAAUAUUUCCGAUCAACUCUUUUCUAUUUCCUCCAUCUAUCAAUUUUCGCUUUUACUUCCACAUGAAGUUGAAUUAUUACAUGAUUUGAACCAUACUUUUCUUGAUUAUGGUCAUAUUGGUUGUAUUCAUGGGGAUUUUGCUGAUCAAGCUCAUUUACAUCCUCAAAAAGUGGCUUUAGUUUUAGAAAAUGGAUCGCUGACUUAUGUUGAACUGCUUUUCUAUGCUCAACAGUUAGCUAAUUAUUUAAUAAUUAAAUGUGCUGUUCAGCCUGGUCAAAUUGUUUGUCAAUUAAUAGAACGAUCGUUCGAAAUGGUAAUUGGGAUGAUCGGUAUUUGGAUGAGUGGUGGUAUUUAUACUCCUUUGAAUUUGCAUGAUCCUGAUAAGCAACUGAAUGCAUGCAUUCAACAGACUGAUGCUCAUCUCAUUCUCGUGCAUCAACCUACACAGAAUCAGCUUCUUUCUCAAUGUUUAAUGAUCAAUGUUGGUCAAGUCAUUUGUUUCGAUCAUAUAAACGCAGAAAUAACAACAUACAUUGAUUCUAUCAAUGUAACACCUGAACAUAUCUCACAUAUUAUUUUCACAAGUGAUCGUUCUGGCUUACUAAAAGCAGUUCAACUUCGCCAUCACAAUUUUAUUUCAAGUGUUCGUUCCAAUCAUAUCCACUCGAUGGAUACUGUUCUUCAUCAUACAUCAGUUAAUUUCGAUAUUCAUUUACUAGAAAUCGUUGGAACUCUAAUAAUGGGUGGUCAAGCAAUUCUACUUCAUCCAAAUGGCAAUCUUAAUAUGAAUUUCUUUUCGGAAACAAUUGAGCGUCAACAAAUCACUUUUUUUAAUAUUGUGCCUUCAUUGCUAAGCAUAUUCGACGAUUAUUUGAGCACUGCAAGUAGCAAGGAGAAUUUAAAGACACUUCGCUGUGUUUUAUCUGGAGGAGAACCCUUGAUGACUAAUACUAUGCGCAAUAUGUUGAAUUUUGUAAAUGAGCGCUGUCGAUUUUAUAACUAUUAUGGAUGUACAGAAUGUACAGGAACAGUAAUGCAAUAUAUUGGUGAAAGCAAUAAUGAUGAUGCUGAGUUUUUACCAAUUGGAUGA